AUGAGUGAUUCUCCGACACUCCCACAGAAGCAAACCAACAAACUGGCUGUUGAUGUCAAAACCUUCAACGAACCUUUUGUUCACAGGAAUGAUUGUUGCUAUAAUUUAAGGGAAAAUGUACUGAAUGAUACAAUAGCUUCCAUGGAUUUGGCAAUAGCAAUCAUCUUCUCAUCACAGACGAUAGUUGGAAUCCUGGGAAACUGCGCUCUUCUUUUCCAUUAUCUCUUCCAUUACCACACUGAAGGGAGGUUGAGACCCACAGAUUUGAUUCUCAAGCAACUGAUUAUAGCCAACUCCCUAUCGAUGCUCUCAAAAGGAGUCCCCCAUACACUGAAUGCUUUUGGGCUGGAAUAUUUCUUCCAUAAAUUGGGAUGCAGACUUCUUUUAUAUGUUCAGAGAGUGGGCAGGGGGGUGUCCAUUAGCAGCAUCUGCCUCUUGAGUGUCUUCCAGACCAUCAUGAUCAGCCCCAUGAACUCCUGGUGGAAGGAUCUUAAAGUCAAAGCUCCAAAGUAUGUUGGUUUCUCCAUUACCCUCUGCUGGAUCACACACAUCAUGGUAAAUUUUAUCAUUCCUGUUUAUGGGUUGUAUGUGUCUGAGAAACAGAGCAGCAAAAACAUAACAAAGAAAAGGGAUUAUGGAUACUGUUCUAUUUCUGAUCCUGAGACAAUCACAGGGCCACUUUUUGUAGUACUGAUAAUAUUCCCUGAAGUUUCACUUUCUGGGCUGAUGAUCUGGGCCAGCGGCUCCAUGGUCUUCAUCCUGAACAAACACAAGCAGCGCAUCCAACACAUUCACAGCACUGUUUCCCCCAGAUCCUCUGCUGAGUCCAGAGCCAUCCAGAGCACCCUUGUCCUGGUGAGCACCUUUGUGUCUUUCUACUUCCUCUCCUCCAUCUGUCAUGUUGGCAUUGCUCUUAUUUAUAAUCCCACUCGGUGGUUAGUAAACACCUCUGCCCUAACUUCUAUGUGUUUUCCAACUUUCAGUCCCUUUCUGAUCAUGACACGAGACUCCACAGUACCCAGGCUCUGCUUUCCUCACAUAAGAAACACAAAAUCUCCUAACCUUACCAAAAAAUCCAACAAAAACCCGAGACUCUUCCCAGGACAACUUGACCCACCAAUUCUCACUGGUGUGGCCAAAGACAAGAAGGAAGUAUCUGUGGUCUCAGCCCCUAAAGGCUGCUGGCUGAAUCUUUGCACUUCAAAUCCUGUCCGUACUGGAGAAAGCAGCCAGGGUGAGCACCUCAAGCAGUAG